AUGCCGACUGAAUUCCCUCUCUUCUCCGCUCUUCCAACCGAGCUCAGGGAAGACAUCUGGAAUCUAGCUAUUCGUCCAAACUACUCAGGAGUCCAUAUAUUCCGAGUUUACGGUACUUUUCAGGACCAUCAGACUUUGCCACAGGAAGCCAUCCACUUCUCACAUAACGAAUCUCCAUUUCGCGGGCGCGAACGCGAUGAACUGGGUCUGGCCGUACCCUUGCCACACAAAGGUCUCGACCGGGCCAAUAAACCUAGCGCUAAGAGUAUAUCAACGUCCAUGAUGAAAAAAGCUUUUCCAACGAUCAAGGAUACUAGGCACGGCAAAGUUUACAUCUCCAAGCCAGUGAUGGGUUACUACCUCUCUGGGGGUGCGCCGUCCUAUUUCACGAUAAAGCCAAUGUCUGACCUUUUUAUCCUGCGACGGGACAGUCUAUACUUCGACCUGGAAAACAUUGAUCAGGCACUUAGCCACGAUUGUGCAGCAUUCCACCAGAUUAUGGACCUCUGCCAUAAUGCGUUGUGGCCAUGCAUAUGGCUUGUAGAUUACAACCUAAAGCGAAAGGCAAACGCUCCUCCCUACAAGAGUGGGUGCUUCUAUGCAGGUGACAGGAAGCUUAUCGUUGUGGAUUUCUUGGAGGAAGAUUCUCGAGAUCACUGGGAUUACAUCAAUGCUACGAAAAGGCGCGAAAAGACGGGCCUGAAGCUUUGUUCAACCCUACGAUAG